CUUUUCUCAACAUCAACAACGACACAUGAGCGCGGAGUGCACGCACUCUGUGGCUCUGUGCAUUCUAGCAUCGCCUGGCCGAUUACUCAUCUUGCUGCGAGUUCUGUUAAGAAGAUGCAGUUUAUCAUCUAACGUAUGUACAUAUCUACAUACAGCAAACCGAAAAAGAUGGACCUCCUAAAAUGUUACGAGUCGAGCUCAGGAUCAGAAUCUGAAGAUGGGACGCCACUGAAAGUAGAGCCUGUCAAGUUUGUUAAACUUGAAGUUCCGUCAAGCAUCAUCGCGUUAUUUCCUGGCAAUGAUGAGAAUGCUCAUCAGGAUGAUCCAUCGAUGCAUCAAGGCCGGGUGAGAAGUUUCGCCCAUGAGAGAGGAAUGUGGGCAGGAUUGGUGAGCAUAGAGAUUGGACAACCGAUCAGCGGGUGGACUCGUUUGCUUGACAGCUUGGAAGGUGUGAAUCGAUGCACUCCUCCACUUCAUGUGAGUCUCAGUCGGCCGCUUCAGUUGAGACACAUUUGGAUUGCUCCUCUUCUUGCUGACCUUAGAAAGCGUGCGGCGCAACUAAAACAAUUUGAGAUUAUGUUUGGAGGUGUGGCAGUGUUUGUGAAUGACGAGCAAACUAGGACUUUUAUCAGUGUGGAGGCUAUCGGAGGCGGUUUGGAGGCGGCUUGCUCUCUGGCAGAAGCAGCUGGAGCUGAAUAUCGGCUCCCACCGUACUACGAAAGUCGGCAUUUUCACGUCAGCAUUGGCUGGGCUCUCGGGGACCAGGAGACGCGUUUGAAGACCGCCCUGACACAACAGCCCUCUCCACCUCCAGCCUCAUUUCCCGUUACCCAACUUCAGCUCAAGACUGGUCAUCAGAUUCACCAAGUGCCUCUUCAAAGGGUUUAGAGAUGUCAGACUAAAGCCAAACUAAAAGAAAACUAACACAAAGUGCCUGAUAGAUUAUAUAUAAAUAAUUUAGUUUUCUACUCUAUUUCGUUACAGAAUCAGAUUUAUAAAUGGGAGGGUUGUUUUGCAAAUUUUGAUACUCAGUCCGCUGAACGAUGAACAAUCGAUUAGGUAAAAAGAGUUUUUAAUCAUAUCUAGAAAUAUUUAUUUUAAGUGAAUCCAAAUCAAAGAAAAAUGAAUGAGUAGAAAAAUAAGAACGGUUUCGCGCUCGCGCGUUUUAAAACGAGACACGCCCCUCCGCUGCAGCUGACGAGCUGGUUCUGACCAUCUUUCAAAAACACCGCGACCAACAAAGCCCUUCAAGUGGGCCUUUUCUCCUAAAAUGGGCAACUCAAACGUGCGCCCUCGCACCCUGAGCAUGGAGAAUGACCUAUCUGUGGCCGUCGCAGUCCCUGAAGCCACACCACAGGAGGCCAUUCCUCCUCCUGUGGCUUCGCCUAAGAGCAGUUUCGACCCUCAGGGUGACCCAGCCGCUCAGUUGGAGGCGGCGUUGUCGCCUCUCAAGCGUCGGCUGUCGCGAGAUGCUGAAUCAGCGCUGCCGCCGCAGCUGUCUGAGCUCACCAACUGCCUCAAGAGCAACAAAGGAGGACUUAGUUGCCUGCAACCUGCUCAGGCCUUCGUGGAGACGGCCAAUGCCCUUCCUGCUGCCACUUAAUCACAGAAUGAGAAAGAUGAUUGUAUAUUUGCUGUGAACUUAGAAUUAAGAAUAAAAUACUUAUUAUUGAUCAAAUUA